AUGGCCAAUAAAUCGCCUAGUUUUGAGCGUCUUGACAAACUCUACGAGGAUGGUCUGUCUGAUGAACUUUAUGGGGAACUUGUGAAAUUGAAUAAGGAAGUUGGAGACCAGAAUGGAGUUCAAAUUCUUUGGCGACUCUCUCGAGUUUGUUACCAAUUGGCCUCUUCGUUCGAUGAUCAAAGUGCAAAGAGGAAGGAAUAUAUGGAUGAAGGUUAUAAACAUGCUGGUAUUGCCUAUGAAAAAGAACCGGAGGAAUUCGAUGUCAUCAAAUGGUAUGCUGCUUGUACUGGGGGUAGAACGGAUUUUCUUGGAACGGCAGAGAAGAUUAAACAAGGCCAUAAGUUCAAAGAAUUAAUCGAUAAGGCGCUCGCAAAAAGCCCGAAGGAUUAUGCGCUUCUUUACAUGCGCGGUCGUUUUGCCUAUUCUGUUGCUGGACUCUCAUGGUUUGAAAGGAAGGCGGCAGCGGCGCUUUUCUCUGAUCCACCAAAAGCAACAUAUGAUGAGGCGCUCAACGACUUUCUUGCCGUAUAUAAAUUGAAACCUGAAUGGGUUGAGAAUCUGGUAUUUUUGGGUAAAUGCUAUUUGGCAAAGAAUGAAAAGAAGGAGGCGAUUAAAUAUCUGAAAAUGGCUGUCGAGAUUGGAGAGAAAACUAAAUCAAGUGAUUGUGAAGAGGAUUCAGAUGUGAAAGAAGCUAAGGAGUUGCUCAAAAAGUAUAAAUAA